CUGCUCACAAAAUCCCACACUCGACUGCGACAACAAAAAUCAAUCUAACUGACACACUUCUCUUUUCCAUUAAAAAAAACACUUCGCUUUCCAUACAAUUCCAGUUAAGACCAUGGGAGUCAUGGGAGUGCAGCCUCACAUCCUUCUUGUAACAUUCCCUGCUCAAGGUCACAUAAAUCCAGCCCUUCAAUUCGCCAAACGCCUAGUAGCCAUGGGUGCACAUGUCACCUUUGCUACAAGCAUGGGCGCCAAACGCCGGAUGUCUAAAUCCGGAACUUAUCCUAAAGGCUUGUAUUUCGCUGCCUUUGAUGAUGGUUCCGAACAUGGGUUUAGACCCAGUGAUGAUAUCGAACACUACUUCUCCGAGCUCAGGCAUGUUGGCUCGCAAUCUCUUGCUGACCUUAUAUGUCAAGUUCCGAAAAAUGGCGGACCAUUUACUUGUGUGGUAUACUCCAAUCUCAUACCUUGGGUGGCAAAGGUGGCCCGACAACACAACCUCCCUUCAACACUCCUUUGGAACCAAUCUCCUGCCCUUUUAGACAUCUUUUACUACUACUUCAAUGGCUAUGGUGACACUAUUAAGAAGAAUAUCAAUGAUCCAAGCUUUUCGCUGAAGUUACCAGGAGUGCCUCCUCUUGGAAGCCGUGACUUACCCUCAUUUCUCGAUCCUAGAAACACACAUGCUUUUGCACUUUCAGUGAAUAAAGAGCAUAUUGAGGUUCUUGAUGAAGAAACCAACCCAAAAGUUCUUGUCAACACCUUCGAUGCAUUAGAGUGUGAGGCUCUGAAUUCAAUAGGUAAGUUUAAGUUGGUUGGGGUUGGCCCUCUGAUUCCAUCAGCCUAUUUAGAUGGAAAAGAUCCAUCCGAUACUUCCUUUGGUGGUGAUCUUUUUCAAGACUCAAAGGACUAUAUAGAAUGGCUUAAUUCAAAGCCAGAAUCAUCUGUGAUUUAUAUAUCAUUUGGAAGCAUAUCUGUUAUUUCAAAGCCACAAAAAGAGGAAAUGGCUCGUGCUUUGCUAGAUACUGGCCGUCCAUUUUUGUGGGUCAUAAGAACAGAUGGAGGAGAAGAGAAAGAAGAAGAUAAGCUGAGUUGCACAGAAGAGCUUGAAAAGCAAGGGAAGAUAGUGCCAUGGUGCUCUCAAGUGGUGGUUUUGUCACAUCCAUCAAUAGGUUGUUUCGUGACACAUUGUGGAUGGAACUCAACUUUUGAGAGCUUGGCUUCUGGGGUGCCGGUGGUGGCUUUUCCACAAUGGACUGAUCAACUGACGAAUGCUAAGAUGGUUGAAGCUGUAUGGGAGACAGGGGUGAGAGUCAGUGCUAAUAAAGAAGGGAUAGUUGAAGGCGAGGAGAUAGAGAAAUGCUUGGAGUUGGUCAUGGGAGGUGGAGAGCGAGGAAAAGAGAUGAGAAAGAAUGCUAAGAAAUGGAAGGAUUUGGCAAGAGAAAGUUCCAAAGAAGGUGGCUCUUCGUACCAAAAUCUGCAGGAUUUUUUUAAUGAGAUUGGAGGAGGGGCCAUGUCGUUAGACAUAUAAAAAAUUCAGUUUUUAGAAUUGUAUCAAUGAAGUCAGGAUGAGAACCCUUUCAGUUUCUUUCACAAAUCAUGUCAGCAAAAUCUUAACCUUGAAAUUCUUGACUGGAUAAUUUUGUUAGUGUUUGAUUAAUUUAAUCUUUCUUAA